UGGGCCUUGUUUAUUGUUUCAAUAAGACUUUCCGAAUCAGUAUCGAAACGGUAUAUUGCUGAAUUAAAUAAACACGGCGUUUUUAUUCGAGAAAAUCCUUUGGCAGAGUAUGACGCAUACUCAGUAACUAUGUGUGCAUCCAUGUGUGGUCCAGGAUGUACGUAUUUUAGCGUCAAUUUGCAUGUCAAGAAAUGUCGAGUUUACUCGGGAUGUCAGCCACUUAAUUUUACAGAUGUUCAAGAGGGAUGGAGGUACUACAAUCCGGAAUCUGAAGGAAAUAAACGUCCGCUCAAUUGUAAGGCUUUGCUUGCUGAUGGCCAUACAGUGUCUAAUGUUUACACUAUUUAUCCCCCUAACAACCAAUGGUCAGUAAACGUCCAGUGUGAUAUGACCACCAAGGGUGGAGGAUGGACGGUUAUACAGAGGCGUGUUGACGGAUCAACCGAUUUUGACAGAACUUGGAAUGAGUACAAGAAUGGAUUUGGUUCAGUUAAUUCAUCUUAUUGGUUAGGAAAUGACGUCAUUCAUCUGUUAACCAAACACAAGCCGUCUAUGUACGUGUCCAUAACUCUGACCAAUGGAACCACUCUAUACCAACAAUACGAGGAAUUCUCCAUAACCGGCGAGACAGACAAAUACAGACUUUACCUGAAUGGAUCGACCACAGGAACAUUAGGUGACAGUCUGUUAGAUACUGGGAUUUCUAGCAAAGAUCUGUCUGGGAUGUCAUUUACCACCCGAGAUCGGGAUAAUGACGGAUGGUCUGGUGGUAACUGUGCCGUUUUGAACCGAGGAGGCUGGUGGUAUAACUCCUGUCACCGCGCCAACCUCAACGGUCCCUGGUACCCGGAAUACUGGGACAAUCCAUGGUCUCCUACAGUUGUGUCUAGUAGUGAGAUAAAGAAGACUUCCAUGAUGAUAAAACAUCACUGAAAAGCUAUUGCCUGGGAAGGAAUUUGGUACCAUAUACAGUACAACUCGUCAAAUCCGGAUCCUUCUAGUUUUUUAGUUGGCUGGACUUGAUAGUACUUCUAAUAAAAAAUCAAUGAGACAAUUAUAUUUAAAUAUGGCCUCGUAUUGAUCAAGAUAUUUAAAUGCACAUUUUAAAGACAAGACAUGUUUCACUAAAGUAAGUUUUGGUAUUCAGGAGAAAUGUAUUGCUGCACUUUUGAUAUUUUUUCAACGUAGCAAUAUUACUUUCAAAAUUAUCACUUUUGUGCAAAGGAUAAAUUGCAGUUUUCCACUGUUGAAAAAGUAAAAAUAG